CGCGCUCUCGCUCUCGCUCUCGUUCGGUCUCGCGGCCCCGCGUCUCUUCAGAGAAUUUCGGAGCUCCGUCACUCUGGCGGUCCCCGCGGAGGAGGAGGGCUCGGCGGCGUGGUGGGCCUGACGGCGCUGCGGCUGCGACGCCGGGGCGAGGAGACGCCGAGGCCCCAGGCGCUCGAGGCCUGCGGUCCGGCCAGUCGCGUCUGCAGACGGAGCUGACCCAGAGAACAUGGCUACUGCAAUUAGGGAUGUGGGAGUUUGGAGACAGACUAGAACACUUCUACUGAAAAAUUACCUAAUUAAAUGCAGGACUAAAAAAAGUAGUGUUCAGGAAAUUCUUUUUCCUCUAUUUUUUUUAUUCUGGCUAAUAUUAAUUAGCAUGAUGCAUCCAAAUAAGAAAUAUGAAGAAGUAUCUGAUAUAGAACUUAACCCCAUGGACAAGUCUAGCCUUUCUAACCUUAUUCUUGGAUAUACUCCUGUGAAUAAUAUUACAAGCAGCAUCAUGCAGAGCGUAUCUACUGAUCAUCUCCCUGAUGUUAUAAUUACUGAAGAAUAUGCAAAUGAGAAAGAAAUGCUAGCAUCCAGUCUUUCUAAGUCAAGCAACUUUGUAGGUGUGGUUUUCAAAGACAUCAUGUCCUAUGAACUUCGUUUUUUUCCUGAUAUGAUUCCAGUGUCUUCUAUUUAUAUGGAUUCAAGAGCUGGUUGUUCAAAGUCGUGUGAUGCUGCUCAGUACUGGUCCUCAGGGUUUACAGUUUUACAGGCAUCAAUAGAUGCUGCCAUUAUACAGCUGAAGACCAAUGUUUCUCUGUGGAAGGAGCUGGAGUCAACUAAAGCUGUUAUCAUGGGAGAAACUGCUGUUGUAGAAAUAGACACUUUCCCCCGAGGAGUCAUUUUAAUAUAUCUAGUCAUAGCAUUUUCACCUUUUGGGUACUUUUUGGCAAUUCACAUUGUAGCAGAAAAAGAAAAAAAGUUAAAGGAAUUUUUAAAGAUAAUGGGACUUCAUGACACUGCUUUUUGGCUUUCCUGGGUUCUUCUGUAUACAAGUUUGAUUUUCCUUAUGUCACUUCUUAUGGCAGUCAUUGCAACAGCUUCUUCCUUAUUCCCUCAGAGUAGCAGCGUUGUAAUUUUUCUACUCUUCUUCUUAUAUGGAUUAUCAUCUGUGUUUUUUGCUUUAAUGCUGACACCUCUUUUUAAAAAAUCAAAACACGUGGGAGUAGUUGAGUUUUUUGUCACUGUGGCACUUGGAUUUGUUGGCCUUUUGAUAGUCCUCAUGGAAAGUUUCCCCAAAUCGCUAGUGUGGCUCUUCAGCCCUUUCUGUCAGUGUACCUUUCUGAUUGGUAUUGCCCAGGUCAUGCAUUUGGAAGAUUUUAAUGACGGUGCCUUAUUUUCUAAUUUGACUGAAGGCCCCUAUCCUCUAAUCAUUACUGUUGUCAUGCUGGCUCUUGAUAGUGUAUUCUAUGUCCUCCUGGCUGUUUAUCUUGAUCAAGUCAUUCCAGGAGAAUUUGGCUUAAGGAGAUCAUCUUUAUACUUUCUAAAACCAUCAUAUUGGUCAAAAACCAAAAGAAAUUAUAAGGAGCUAUCAGAGGGCAACGUUAAUGGGAAUAUUAGUCUUAGUGAAAUUGUUGAGCCUGUUUCUUCAGAAUUUAUAGGAAAAGAAGCUAUAAGAAUAAAUGGUAUUCAGAAGGCCUAUAGAAAAAAAAAUGAAAAUGUGGAGGCUUUGAGAAAUUUGUCAUUUGACAUAUAUGAAGGUCAAAUUACUGCAUUACUGGGUCAUAGUGGAACAGGAAAAAGUACACUGAUGAAUAUUCUUUGUGGAUUGUGCCCACCUUCUGAUGGCUUUGCUUCUAUAUAUGGACACAGAGUCUCUGAAAUAGAUGAAAUGUUUGAAGCAAGAAAAAUGAUUGGCAUUUGUCCACAGUUAGAUAUAAACUUUGAUGUUUUGACAGUAGAAGAAAAUUUAUCAAUUUUGGCUUCAAUCAAAGGAAUCCCAGCCAACAAUAUAAUACAAGAAGUGCAAAAGGUUUUACUGGAUUUGGACAUGCAAGCCAUCAAAGAUAACCAAGCAAAAAAAUUAAGUGGGGGCCAAAAAAGAAAGCUGUCUUUAGGAAUUGCAGUUCUUGGGAAUCCGAAGAUACUACUGCUAGAUGAACCAACAGCAGGAAUGGACCCCUGCUCUCGUCACAUUGUUUGGAAUCUUUUAAAAUACAGAAAAGCUAACAGAGUGACAGUAUUCAGUACUCAUUUUAUGGAUGAAGCUGACAUUCUUGCUGAUAGGAAAGCUGUCAUAUCACAAGGAAUGCUGAAAUGUGUUGGUUCUUCAAUUUUCCUAAAGAGUAAAUGGGGAAUCGGCUACCGCCUGAGCAUGUACAUUGACAGAUACUGUGCCACAGAAUCACUUUCUUCACUGGUUAGGCAGCACAUACCUGCAGCUACUUUACUGCAACAGAAUGACCAACAGCUUGUGUAUAGCUUGCCUUUCAAAGACAUGGACAAAUUUUCAGGUUUGUUUUCUGCUCUAGACAUUCAUUCAAAUCUGGGUGUUAUUUCUUAUGGUGUUUCCAUGACAACAUUGGAAGAUGUAUUCUUAAAGCUAGAAGUUGAAGCAGAGAUUGACCAAGCAGAUUAUAGCGUAUUUACACAGCAGCCCCUGGAAGAAGAAAUGGAUUCAAAAUCUUUUGAUGAAAUGGAACAGAGUUUACUUAUUCUUUCUGAAACAAAAGCUUCUCUAGUGAGCACCAUGAGCCUUUGGAAACAGCAAGUGUCUACAAUAGCAAAGUUUCAUUUCCUCACAUUGAAACGAGAAAGCAAAUCAGUGCGCUCAGUGUUGCUUCUGCUUUUAAUUUUUUUUGCAGUUCAGAUUUUUAUGUUUUUGGUACAUCAUUCUUUUAAGAAUGCUGUGGUUCCCAUCAAACUCGUUCCAGAUUUGUAUUUCCUGAAACCUGGAGAUAAACCUCAUAAAUAUAAAACAAACCUGCUGCUUCAAAAUUCUACUGACUCGGAUAUCAGUGAUCUUAUUAACUUUUUCACACACCAGAACAUAAUGGUGACAAUGUUUAAUGACAGUGACUAUGUAUCUGCUGCUCCCCAUAGUGCAGCUUUAAAUGUGGUGCAUUCAGAAAAGGACUAUGUUUUUACUGCUGUUUUCAACAGUACUAUGGUUUAUUCUUUACCAGUAAUGAUGAACAUCAUUAGUAACUACUAUCUAUAUCAUUUAAAUGUGACUGAAGCUAUCCAGAUCUGGAGUACCCCAUUCAUUCAAGAAAUUACUGACAUAGUUUUUAAAGUUGAGCUGUAUUUUCAAGCAGCUUUGCUUGGAAUCAUCGUUACUGCAAUGCCACCUUACUUUGCCAUGGAAAAUGCAGAGAAUCAUAAGAUCAAAGCUUAUACUCAACUUAAACUUUCAGGUCUUUUGCCAUCAGCCUAUUGGGUUGGACAAGCUGUUGUGGACUUUCCCUUUUUUUUUGUUGUUCUGACUUUGAUGCUGGGAAGUUUAUUUGCAUUUCAUCAUGGACUAUAUUUUUAUCCUGUAAAAUUUCUUGCUGUGGUUUUUUGCCUUAUUGGUUAUGUGCCAUCAGUUAUUCUAUUCACUUAUGUUGCUUCCUUCACCUUUAAGAAAAUUUUAAAUACCAAGGAAUUUUGGUCAUUUAUUUAUUCUGUGACAGCAUUGGCUUGUGUUGCAGUCACUGAAAUAACUUUCUUUUUGGGAUAUGCAGUUUCCACUGUUUUUCAUUACACCUUUUGCAUAGCCAUUCCAAUCUACCCACUCCUGGGUUGCCUGAUUUCUUUCAUAAAGGGUUCUUGGAAGAAUAUACCAAAAAGUGAGGAUGCCUAUAAUCCAUGGGAUAAGCUGUUACUUGCUGUUAUAAUGCCCUACCUGCAUUGUAUACUGUGGAUUUUCCUCUUACAACACUAUGAGAAAAAACAUGGAGGCAGAUCAAUAAGAAAGGAUCCUUUUUUCAGGACACUCUCACAGAAGUCCAAAAAUAAGAAGUUUCCAGAACCACCAAUCAAUGAGGAUGAAGAUGAAGAUGUCAAAGCUGAAAGAUUGAAGGUUAAAGAGCUGAUGAGCUGCCAGUGUUGUGAGGAGAAGCCAGCCAUUAUGGUAUGCAAUUUACAUAAAGAAUAUGAUGACAAGAAAGAUUUUCUUCAUUCAAGAAAAACAAAGAAAGUAGCAACAAAAUACAUUUCAUUCUGUGUGAGAAAAGGAGAGAUCUUGGGACUGUUGGGUCCAAAUGGUGCUGGCAAAAGCACAAUUAUUAAUAUUCUGGUUGGGGAUAUUGAACCUACUUCAGGCCAGAUAUUUCUAGGUGAUUAUAUUUCACAUUCAAAUGAAGAUGAUGAAUCCAUUAAGUGUAUGGGUUACUGCCCUCAGACAAACCCACUGUGGCCAGAUAUUACUCUGAAAGAACAUUUUGAAAUUUAUGGAGCUGUGAAAGGAAUGAGUUCAAGUGACAUGAAAGAAGUAAUAAGUCGAAUAACAAAUGCCCUUGAUUUGAAAGAACAUCUUCAGAAAACUAUAAAGAAACUACCUGCAGGGAUCAAGAGAAAGCUGUGUUUUGCUCUCAGUAUGCUGGGGAACCCACAGGUUACUCUACUGGAUGAACCAUCCACAGGUAUGGACCCCAGAGCCAAACAGCACAUGUGGAGAGCUAUUCGAACUGCAUUUAAAAACAAAAAGCGGGCUGCUCUUCUGACUACUCAUUACAUGGAAGAGGCAGAGGCUGUCUGUGACAGAGUGGCAAUUAUGGUGUCCGGGCAGUUAAGAUGUAUUGGAACAGUACAACAUUUAAAGAGUAAGUUUGGCAAAGGCUACUUUUUGGAAAUUAAAUUAAAGGAUUGGAUAGAAAACCUGGAAAUAGAUCGCCUUCAAAGAGAAAUUCAAUAUAUUUUCCCAAAUGCAAGCCGCCAAGAGAGCUUUUCUUCUAUUUUGGCUUAUAAAAUCCCUAAAGAAGAUGUUCAGUCCCUCUCACAAUCCUUUGCUAAGUUGGAAGAAGCAAAACACACUUUUGCCAUUGAAGAAUAUAGCUUUUCUCAAGCAACACUGGAACAGGUUUUUGUAGAACUGACCAAAGAACAGGAGGAAGAAGACAACAGCUGUGGGACUUUAAACAGCACACUCUGGUGGGAGAGAACGCAGGAAGACAGAGUAGUGUUUUGAAUGUUUGUGGCUCAUUCUGCUUACUGACACUGAAUUUAUUUAUUCUUUUUUUAACUGAUUUUAAAAGUUUAUUACUUGAAUAGUAAUUGAAGAAACAUGAAAGCACUUGGAAGUUUCCUAAACUCCUUAAUUUAUAUGCUAUGGUUGUGUGUUCGGCUUUCCCUUAAAUAAAUUUGUGUAUAAUUGUCAACCUGCAUGUUUAUAUCUGACGUAUAUUGAAUGUAGUCUAUAUGCCAUCAUUUCCACUUUUCACAAAAACAGUAUUUCUAAACUUGUGGCUUAAAGAAAUUAUAAAAGAAUAAUUCUGAAUAAUAUAUAAGUUUAUACUAUCUUACAUCAUUGUAAAUUCUCCAGUACUAAUUAAAAAGGCCAAUAUAUGACUAAUCCAUAGAAAAGAGAAAUAAGGCAAUGAGGAAACUUUGGGCUUUUCCUUUAGAAUUUGUAAAAGAAACUCUUAGAGGAAGUUGCUAUCUGUAAAAGUUCAGAGGUUGAGGAGUACAUCCACUAGGUGGCAGUCAUUAAUCAUAGUAAACAAUGUGAAGCCUUAUUCUAGUAAGUGAUUUUCAAUAUGGGUAAUUAGAUGUUUCAAGUUACGUUUCUUUUGCCUACAUUAAAAUUCAAAUGUGUUUUAGUGAUCGUAAUUCACGAAAAGAUUAUUGCUAGAAUCUUAGUAUGCAAUAGUCUGAUUCUCUGAAACUACAAUGACAGAUGUCUGUGGAGGUAUAAUUAGUCUAUAUCUUCUCUCAAACUCUCUAUGAAGAUUAAAAACAAAAAGCUUUGUUGCCUUCCUCGAAAAGGGCACACUUAAUUUUAUUCUUAGAUAAGAAACUUAUUAGUUAACCAUUUCUAUUGCUAAAUUUUAUUACUUGAUUCUUUCUUGAGUUUUAAGAAGAUCAACAUAUAUAUUUCUUUAAAGGCCACCUUGUAAUCACCUUGGAACAUGGUAGAAUAUAGUAACUCCUUCAGGGGUUAAAUUAAGAACUGAAAAUCAGAGUUUCACUCUUAUGACAGAGUUGAAAUAUGAUACGAUAAUAUAAUCUUAGAAAUAUAUGACUCAUGAACAGGUAUACUAAUAUAAAUGAUGGUAGUUGAUACUAUAUUUCAAUCUGUUGUAUAAAGUAUUAGCUUUGCAAAAACAAACAUAUUGUGGUGUGACUUUUGCAUUACAGAGACAUAAAGAACAAUAGCAAGAACAGAGGGCUUGCUCCCAAGUUACUUUAAAUAGUCAAACUUUCAAAGAACUUACUAAUUAUUUAAUGUUGGGAAGACUUAAUGAACUUUUGGUACUGUUUGUUAAUGAAACACCUGUGGUUUUAGGCACUAGUAGCUAAUUUAAGUGUUCCUUUCUCAGUACAAGGUACAUGACAGACACCUCUCCUUUGCUUUGACAAUUUCUGUCCAUAUUCUCAAAGGUAUUUGUUUAGUCUCUUAUCUCAGAGGUCUCUAAUCUAAAUGAGCCAUCCUACAAGUCUGCUUGAAUUUUAUGACCCCCAGCUAAGUUCUUGUAAGAUUUCAUUGGCAGUAGCUUGCCUCCUGAUAACCAAAUUAUAAUUUUGGAUUCUUUAGAAUCUUAUAUUUAGCUAAUGAUUACUGCAUGACAGAUAUAGUCAAGACAUAUUUAAGAGGAAAUCUUUAUCUUUGCUGAUAAAUUAUAAAUAGCACAUUGUAUUUUCUAAGCAAGUCACUGCUAAAUGGUGCCGUAAACUUGAAGAGCUAUCUUUUAGUAUUUAAGUAUGUUGGGCCUUUCUUUUGGGAUGUGAUUUUUGUAACUCUGUAACCUAGAACACAUACCCUUAAAACAAACAAACAAACAAAAAAACCAAACUGUAUUUAUAGUUUAUUAGGGCAGUUACUGAAAAAGGUAGGUUUUGUUUGUUUUUCAAAGCAUUUGAUCAUUCUGAGAAAGAGUUGUUUCAUAGAGAUGGUGAACAUAGACCAUUAUCACCCACUUUUUCAUGUAGAUUUGUCCACUGUCUAUUAACAUUUCUGAAUGUGUGAUCAAUGUACAGUAUAAUUUUUCUUAGGGAGUGAAAGUUGAGAUUAUAUUGUCUAAUAAUUUUCUUGUCUGUUGUGUACAUCCAGUUAUUUUAUUUUUCUGUACAUAAUACAAAGUUUCGUAAACAUUUUAGAUAAAACCUUUGAAUAUAGCUUUAGUUUUCACACAUUCAGUAAAUAUAUUUUGGUCAUGAACUAAGUUUUUCUUUUGGAAGCUGCUAUCCACCCUCCCCCUUUAAGAGUAGUAACUGACUCAAGAAAUACAAGAUAUAAACAAUUCUUAAAACAAGGAUAAGUGAACUGGGACAAAAGAAGACAGAAAGUCAAAUAGAAAUUUAUCAUAUUAUAGUGUAUAGUUUGUUUUGCACAUAUAUGUAUUUUAAAAUAUCUUAAAUUAUUGCUAUCAGAACUUUGUUCCACAUCAAUACAAGUAAAUAAAUAACUAUAUUUGUUAGGCAAAAGUUGAAUACAAAUAGCAACAUCACCUUCCUGCCUUAUAUUUUCCAUCUGUGAUCAAAUAUUAGAAGUAGAGUAAAGGCAAAGCUCUACUGAGUGACUGAAUGUUGAACGCAGUGCUGUCUUCAGCAGAGAGGAACUAGUCAGCUUGGAACAAUGAAAAGCAUUCUUAGUAAAGUAAAGCAUGCUUUACUUUGUGUGGGUUCUUCCCCCUUCCACUUCAUUUUUUAUAAAAAGCAGUGGUUUUUUUUAAAAUUUCUUUUAUUUAAUUGGCAAAAAUUACUUUUAGUCAGUUUUGGUUUUCACCAUUAAAACAUUUUUUUUUUUCAGUAAUUUAAUUCAGCACACCUUUCAGUGACUGUGUUUCCAGAAUGGGUUCUUUGGGUAGAAAGAUGACCUGAUUUUGGCUCUGUAAGCUCUUACAUUCUAUUAAGAGAAGGAUAGAUACUUAAAUAAUGAUAUGAAAAUGCUUUGCCUCUAGUACUAAAAUUAUCUUAUAGGAGCACAAUUAAUUUUACUAGGGUAGGUGUUGUUUUCAUGUUUCUUUGAUGGUCACUCAGUAGCUCAUUCUGAUUGCACUUUUUGCAUUUGUUAAGAUGCCAUCGUAUAUUUUCAUGUAGCAUAUUAGUAGGCAUUAAUUCUUUUAAAAUAGUAAAGGCUUUUUCUUAAUGUAUUUUUAAAAUUGUUAACAUUGGUUUUUCAUCUUUUUCCUUGAAAGAGCAUAUUACAUAAAUGAAAAUUUAUUCUCAGGUGAAUUAUUUUUGUAUCAGCUAUUCUUAUAAGGUAAAAAUUUACUUAUUUUCUAUUCAUAAUGUGUUGUAUGUAAGCAAUUCUCAAUGCUGCCCUUUAAGAAAAAUGAAUGUGCUUAUAUUAUUAAUAAUAAACUUUAAGAGCUAAAAUCUGAGACAAACUUUA